CAAGCAUGGAAGGAAAGGAGGGAAAGUUUGGGAUGGUCGUGUUUUGGUAACUAUGGGAACAGGAGAACCUGUACUAUGUUAAAAGGCUGGCUAAGGCUAAGCGCUACACUCUUCUGCCAGGUGAGGAAGACAAUCAGAAUUAUCCUGAAACAUGGACAACAUGACGGCAGUGACUUUCAAAAUGACUGCGUACGCUGUUAUGGAAAACAACAAAUAUGAGAUCUUUAGUACAUUCCUGCUGCUCUAUCUCAUAACUAUCGCUCUGAAUUCACUGCUAAUUUCUAUUAUAUACCACAACAAGGAGUUGCAUCAACCUAUGAAUGUCUUCACAUGUAUGUUAUCCAUCAAUGAGAUAUAUGGCGCGAGUGCUUUGUUACCUUCACUUAUGGCUGUGCUCUUAUCGGAGACACACAAAGUAAACAUCAAGUGGUGUAUUUCACAAGUCUAUUUCCUCCAUACAUAUGGGUGUUUGGAGUUUUGUAUUCUAGCACUUAUGGGAUAUGACAGAUAUGUUGCCAUCUGUUACCCACUUCAUUACCACAACAUCAUGACCAAUUCAAAAAUAAGCAAGCUUAUUGCACUGGCAAGUCUGUACCCACUGAUCGUAUUUGGAUGUUUUUUCUCACUAACCUUACAGCUGCGCUUCUGUGGAAAAGUCAUACCAAAGCUGUACUGCGUGAACAUGGAGCUGGUCAAAAAUUCAUGUACAAGCGCACAGCACAUAAGUAUCGUUGGACUUGUAUUUAUUCUGCUUUUAGUUGUCCCCCAGGUUGUGUUAAUCAUGUUCUCUUACAUGCAGAUUGCAAGGGUGUGUAGGAAAUUACAAAAAGAAUCUCAAAUUAAAUCUCUUAAGACGUGCAUCCCUCAUUUGUUAUCACUGAUAAACUACACUGUCGGUGCCUUGUUUGAGAUUAUUCAAACAAGAUUUAAUAUGAGUCAUGUGCCGCAGAACACUCAGAUCUUCCUGUCUUUAUACUUUGUCAUUAUUCCAUCAAUCGCUAACCCAAUGCUGUACGGACUGGGCACUCAUAUGGUAAGAGUUUGUAUAGUAAAGACCUUUAUCAGAUACAAGAUCCUACCGACAAAGUUAGCAAAUGUUGCAGCUACAGUUUAGGUACUAUUAUGAAUUGCAAUGACAAUGUUUAUUAGUGAUUUAGUCACUGUAAUCUAAUCAUUUAGGAUAGUAUUAAACUAAGUUCUUUUUAAUACCAAUGCUUUUAAGGGAUUGUUCUCUCUAGGUGAGGUGAGUUUCUUCAGCCUUUUCUGCUGGAUUCUCCUCUCAUCUUUAUCACUGUGGACAAGAAAAAUGACUUACAGGUCCUGUGGUGCAAUGCUAUAUUCAGAUUUGCAAAUGAAAACAAAAUGCACAUGAACAUGCAGUGGGAUUGCCGAAUCAAGGCUUUUUUUGUCUUAUUUGUAUGUAUUCAUGGAAACAAGAACUUAUAUAUACAGUACAAGAUGUGAGGCUAAGUGUACGUGGUUUUGGAUUUUACUCUUAGCUAAAUGUUGAUUUUGAUUUGCAUCUGUCUGUAUAAGCUUGUUAAAUGUUUAACUUCAAAUAUUAAACUUUAGGAUACGUUGUGAAAACCUUCUUGUGAGGAUGUGGAUGUGCCUUCAUCACAGACAGAUGGGAAACAAGACAAAAUGUUUGUAGUCCGUACACUCAU